GAGGAAACCAUGGAACUCUCACCUAUAAAUUGCUUCAAGAGUCACCUGCGCUGAAAACCCUAGACGAGCUUUGAGACCCCUCAGCGGCGGAGCCGUGCUUCCGAUCUCGUUCUCAUUCUAGUUAUACCCUCAAAAUGAAGGUGAUUGCAGCAUAUUUACUUGCUUUGCUUGGUGGAAAUAGCUGCCCGAGUGCUGACGAUUUGACGAAAAUUCUAUCAUCAGUUGGAGCUGAAGCUGAUGAAGAUAGGAUUGAGUUCUUUCUCUCUGAAGUUAAAGGCAAAGAUAUAACAGAGCUUAUUGCCCUUGGGAGAGAGAAGUUUGCUUCUGUCCCAUCUGGUGGUGGUGCUGCCAUUGCAGUUGCCGCACCUGCUGGAGGUGCUGGUGGUGCAGCCGCUCCAGCUGCUGCUGAGCCCAAGAAAGAAGAGAAAGUGGAAGAGAAGGAAGAAUCAGAUGAGGACAUGGGCUUCAGUUUGUUUGAUUGAGAAUGACAAGUUUCAUGCUUUCACACAGUAUCUGUCUUGUUAGGAAAGGAGAGAUCAGCGACUGCAAUGAUGCUAAAUACUUGAUUGCAGGAUAGUCAGUCUCUCAUUCUUUUUGUUGUUUCUUUUUUGGUAACGCUUUGAACAUUUUUGGUGGCAUGGCUUCACGUGGUUGUGUUGUUGGUUUUAUCACUAAUGGUAACGGUGAUGCUAUUAUUAUUGCUCUUACUUGGUUUGCUUUAA